GUAUCUUCGUAGUGGAGCAAGUAUUAUUUUAUGUUUCGGAUAUGCAUCAUCUGGGUCCAUGCCUUAAGCACCACACAAGUCUCUUUGGAAUCUGGACUAUGCAAGGAAAUUCAAAGAAAAAUGUGGAAUUAUAACCGGUCCGUCCAUUAACAUGGACACCUGGAAGUAUUGGGUAAAGGCGUGUGGGCAAUGGACACUGUGAUAUGAUGUGAGCAGCCCCACAUUUCCCAAUUUUCACUCAUAUAAAACAACUUUUAACAAAUCUGAUUGCGAUCGGAUCGUAGUGCAAAGGGAUCCAAUGCACUCUCUUGCCGACUCAAAAACUCUAUAAAUUGUUUGAUCGCAUUCUUACUCCUCCUCAGCAAUUCCCCACUCACCUUCCUCAAUCUUUCUUCUCCUCUCUGGCUUUCCAUUGCCCAUUUUCAUAACUUGCAGAAAGCCAGGUUGAGGCAGAUCGAUUGUGGGUUUGAGAUUUAUAAGUCAGGGGACAGAAGCAGUGCUUGAAAACACUUUGAUGUCACACUUGAUUACUGAUGGUCUCAACCCUUUUGAUCCGUUCCAGGAGACAGAGGUUGAAGAUUCGAGCGGGGCAGAGUAUGUCCAUGUCCGUGUUCAGCAGCGCAACGGCAGGAAGUGUUUGACUACUGUUCAGGGCCUUGGAACCCACUAUAAUUAUAAUAAGAUUCUUAAGGAUUUUAAGAAAGAUUUCUGCUGUAAUGGUACGGUUGUGCAGGAUAAAGAGCUUGGCAAGGUUAUUCAACUACAGGGUGAUCAGAGGAAGAACGUCUCCAAUUUCCUAUUGGGGGCCGGUUUGGUGAAGAAGGAUAGAGUGAAGAUCCAUGGUUUCUGAGUGUCAUAGGAGGUGAAAAUUUGAUAUGUUGGAAGAUCUACUAUUAUCAUUAUUAUGGCUAUUGUGAUUUAGAGUUCAAUUAUUUUAGCUUUUAGGCAGAACAUAAGUUUGAUGAGGUUAUCUGAGCAGAGGGCUUUAUUGACUCUUGGGGUUUGUUUCCUUAGCUUGGUUAAGGACAUGGACAGUGUGAGCAGCAGAUAGAAUAAGAAUAAGAAUAAGAAUAGAAUGCAAUGCAAACAAGUAUUUAUUCUCCAAUAUCUGGUUACUAAUUGCUGCUGUUAUUGUAAAACGGUUGUUACUUGUUUGAAUAUAAAAUGCUAUUAGCUUUUAA